CGGCACAUCGAAAGUGACCGUCGGUUCACUCUCACUAUCGUUGUUGCGCUCCCAAGUCGUACACACACGCGAACGAAUCAGAUAUAUGUAGGCACCAGCUCACGCGCACACAGUUUAUUAUUUUCAUUAUAAUUAUUAUUAUCCAUACAUCCGAUAACGAAGUGUACGUCAUCGUACAUUUUUCCAAAACUAUAAAGCAACAGUAAUAACUAUAAUUUUCACCGUUUCUCUAUUCUCGUAUCUCUAUUUUUUCUAUCUUGUUUUGAAAAAAAAAAAAUCUCUUGCCAGUGGAUUUGACAAAAUAUCAGAUGGAAGUCAUGAAGUACGCGGUGCUUCUUUUGUGCACCGCCGCCGCCAUCUACACGCCCGCCACUUCGACCGACACGAACGGCCGGACCAGGAGACAGAGUUUCAUAGAUUUCUUGCCAUGGAAUUCAAGGAUCGGUACAGCCGACUCUCCAGCCGCCGCCGCCACCGCCGGCGGCACGAUGGUCACUGGCGCCCAGAGCGUGGCCCAGCAAAACGUGGCCGACGUUUGCCUGACCAGCAUACCUUGCAACCCUCGAGCUCGGUACAGGAGCUUUGACGGCAGUUGCAACAACUUACAGCAACCGGGAUGGGGCUCGGUGAACACUGCGUUGGUCCGACUGUUACCAGCCGCUUACCAAGACGGUGAGAGCAGACCGAGAUUGACCUCAUUCGGACGGGUACUUCCCAGCGCUAGGCUGAUCCGUACGACGCUGUUCCCGGAGAGGAACGUGCCUGACAUACGAUUCACGCUAGCCGUUAUGCAGUGGGCGCAAGUCGUUGCACAUGACGUCACUCUGCUCACGGAGAAAUCCGCUCCCGAUUGUUGCGCCAGCAACGGUAAACUGUUGCCCAUCGAAACUCUACAUCCCAAUUGUUUUCCCAUCCCCGUACCUGCCAAUGAUCAUUUCUAUUCCAGGUUCGGUACAGCGUGUCUACCGGCCAAAAGAACUGUAUCAUCAGACGAUUUUGGGUGCACCUUAAAACCACAGCAAAAGGUGAUAGCGACGACCCAUUUCCUGGAUGCUUCACUCGUGUAUGGUGCAACGGGCCAGACAGCAGGAAACCUGAGGUCGUUCAGGGCGGGCAGGAUGAGGGCACAGAUCACAAGAGACGGCCGAAUGUUCAUGCCAAACGUCAACACUCCCACCCAAUCCUGUAACGUUGCUACAAACACAGAAGUCUGCUACAGAUCAGGCGACGGCCGAGUUAAUCAACAUCCCGACAUGGCCGUGUCACAAGUGGCCCUUUUGCGGUUGCACAACUUCUUAGCGACGGAGUUUGCGCAGCUCAACCCUCAAUGGACCGACGAGAUACUUUACCAAGAAGCAAGGAAGUUCGUCAUCGCCAUCAUCCAGCACAUCACGUACAACGAGUUCCUGCCAAUUUUAUUAGGUGAAAAUUAUGUUCGUGAAAAUGGCAUCUCCACGCUGAAACAAGGUUAUAGUAAUUUGUACAAUUCAAACAUUAAUCCGUCCACACUGGCUAGCUUUGCUGGUGGAGCAUUUAGAUCAUUGCACAGUCUGGUGCCAUCCGUUUUUAACUUGGUGAAUGAAGAUCGCGAAAACGGUGGCGCACCAACACGUUUUAGUGAAUGGAUGAACAAGCCUGGUAUCAUACAAAGACCGGGUAACUAUGAUAUGUUCCUGAGAGGCAUAGCGACACAACCUCAACAAGCACAAGACAUAUUUUUCAGUGAAGAAAUUACCGAUUUGCUGUUCAGAGCGAAUGGACCUCUUGGCCAGGAUUUGGUAGCGAAAGACAUUCAACGUGGUCGGGACAUGGGAAUACCUUCUUAUAAUCACUUUAGGACGCUAUGUGGAUUACCGAAGGCUACGACGUUCGAUGAUAUCAGAGAUGUCAUGGACGAAGAGAGAAUUGAACGAUUAGUCAAAAUCUAUCCAACAGUCGAUGAUAUCGAUUACCUGGUCGGUGGUAUGCUCGAAAGAAUUAUUCCGGGAACGCUAACCACUCCUUCAUUUAGAUGCGUCCUCGGGGAAGGAUUCUUCCGUUACAAAGCAGGCGAUCGAUUCUUUUACGAGUACGAUAUUUCGCCAGGAGCUUUUUCACCGGAUCAACUGUCCGUCAUCAGGAGGUUCUCGUUGUCCACUCUUAUAUGUUUGACCGGCGAUAACAUACAGACGAUGCAGAGAAACGCAUUCCUGCAAAUCAACCCCGGGAACGCGUUGGUCCCAUGUAGGCAGAUCUUGACCGAACUAGAUUUGGCUCCGUGGAGAUUCCAAAGUUAACCUCGUAUAGCCCGCGUUAACAAGCUUGGAGAAAGAGGAGAAAAAAAAUCGACGUUGCGUUUGUGAUAUAUUGUGUGUAUAGUACCAGAAGUUAGUCUUAAGUAUUCAAUGUUUAAAUAUUUUUAUGUUUAGUCGGAUAAGUUUAAAUUAUUAUUAUUUACAUCGUUACCAAGAUUUUAAACACAAAUCGUCCGAAAGUCAGGAAAUGUAUAAAUGAAAACAGAAUUAAAAAAAGUGCCAAUGA